AUGUCGCGCAACAGCAAAGUGCCAAUCUCCGCGCUCCCGCUGCCCCCACCCGCGCAGAGCAUCACACACAACCUAACGCCCGACCACGAAGCCACCACUCCCUCAGAGUUCCGCCAGCUCCUCGCAGAGCGGCCGAGCGUGCAGCAUCGCUCGCAUCUCAUUGACCCCGACGCUCACUUUGCGUACGUCACGCCCUACCCGCUGCCCUUCCCGUACCGCAUCGCGCUCCCCGAAGACGGCGAGCCCGUGGAUGACAAGGCAGCGUACGUCGAGAAAUGGCUCGCUCAGCGCGAGGCACUGCACGAGCGGCCCACCGUGGCCCCCAGUGCGUUGAAGAAGUACUAUCCGGAGAAGAGGGACCAGCCCCGCGUGCUCAUCGCGCUCGCGGAGACCGCGCUACGAGACUGUCUUCCACAUCUCGAUGUGGGGGACGCGUUCGCGACGCUCGGGACGCCUACCCUUUCGGACGCGUACGGCGACGAUGUGCAAACCACCCCAGCGUCGAGCGAGGACGCUGCGGCGCGGCAGGAACUCAUUGACGUCCUGAGCGGACAGGCGGUACUCAUGAAUACGGAGGGCGACCGCGCUACACACUGGGCACCGUGGUCCCUCCGUCUAUUCGCUCUCCGCUCCUUGUUGGACGCUCUUGCGCCCCUGAUCGGUGCUGAGGCGGAAUUCGGCAAGGCGCUGCCUCCGGGAUGGACUGAGGAGAUCCCUUCGGGCAAAAUCAACGAGUGGCGUAAGAGAGGCAUAGAGCUCGUCGAAGAAGAGCUAGAGAAGGUCGCUAUCGAGACAAGUGCGGCUGAAUAUGGCCGGCUCAUGCACAAGCGACUUGGGCUGCGUCGCCUUGACACAGACGACGAAUCCAAGCUGGCGCGGCCUCUGCUGGAUCUGCUGGCGAAGCACAAGCUCGACUUCCACGGUACAUUCCGACGCCUGGCGUUCUUCCGCCCUUCCGCCUUGAGCGUGCAGGACAGAAGCAGUGCGUUCAUCGAGAGUGUCCUCGAGCUAUGCGGUGAGCCGCAAGUGAUCAACCGCGAGAAAGCGAAAGAGGACCUACAGGAGUGGCUGCAGCAAUAUGCGGCUCGCGUGGAAAGCGAGGCGCAGGAGUGGACAACGGGUGAAGGCAGUGUGGACGAGCAGAGGGAACGUGAUAUGAAGGCAGCCAACCCUCGCUUCGUGCUCAGACAGUGGGUCCUAGAAGAGAUCAUCAAGAAUGUCGAGCGCGAUGUCGACAGUGGGAAGAGGCUGCUGGGAAAAGUGCUGCAGGUAUGCAUCCAGAACUCCAAAACAUAG